AUGCACUCACCUUAUCAUCCUCAAUCGUCCGACUCAGGGCGUACAAGUUCAGCUCAGGACAAGGCCAUGUUGCAACGGCAGUACAGAGCAAAGGAAGCGGAUGCACUUGCGCAACUCCGGGAAUUACUUCGCGGCAUAUCUCAAGGGGCAGAUGCUCAUCAGACUCGACUUGAGACCAUUGUCCAAGCCACCGAAAUGAUCGAGUACCUUUAUCGUCGCAACACCAUGUUGCAGGAACUUCAUGAAUUGCCGCGUCCGGAGCCGGGCCACGGUGCCACAGCAGUCUUUAACAGCCAUCUGGUGCAAGUUCAACACCCAUUUGCUGGCUGGCGGUGGGGUAAUGACCAUGCAGACGAAAGACACCAAUACUCGGCUGACACAUGGCACCCACCAACGAUGUCAGGUUGUCCGACAUCUCUAUAUGGUGUCGCGAUGUCUGGCGACAGAUCCUUGCGGCACUAG